AGCCAAGCGCGCACUGAUGUGCAGAUCUCCUGAAACCGCUGCCGCUGUGCAGAUCUCCCAGGGGACCGAACCCCUGGUCCUCCUACUCCCAUCUUGACUGAGCAGCAGCAAAAGAUCUGUCGUCCUUAUGUGGGGUUGGUUCACUCUCAUUGUGCUGCCCAUCGGCAUUGCGUUGCUGGCGCUCAACUAUCAACAGGAACACGUGAGUACGUGACUCAAUGAAUGACGGGAGAGAUCUCCACGACAUUCACCCUGUUGUUGAUCUUCUCUCUGCUCUGCUCUGUGUGUGCUGUACUGUGCGGGUCUGCAGAGGCCGAACUACCUGGGGUAUGAGCCGCUUGACUUCGCUGGCUACUGCAUUUCACUGGCGGCCAAGCCCCUCAUCAAACUCUUCUAUGCGCAACCCAAUCUAAACAACCGCACUAUCACUGUGAGAGCGGACAGACAGACACCCAUGCAUCAGCUGACACACGUCUGUCUGUCUGACCUGCCCUCUGUGUGUCUGUCUGUAUGUGUCAUCUAUUUCGUUGGGUAACAUCCAUCAAUCAGCUGGAUGGCUAUGGCUUGAGGGACACUGUGACAAUCCUUCGCACGGAACACGGGGUGCCCUUCAUCGAGGCCAAAUACGGUCAGUCAGUCAGUCCGCCAGCGCACACGGAUGAGUCCAGCUGCAGUGUGUCGUGUGUGUGUCUGUCGUGUGCCGUGUGGUUGAUUGUGCGUGAUGGGUGCAUUACAAUGCAGAGACUGACGGUUGGUUCGCCCAGGGCUUCAUGCACGCCACCGACCGCCUGUGGCAGAUGGAAAUGAACCGACUCGGUCGGUGAGCCGCGCGUUAAGCCGUGUGGUCUGACCACCUUCUGAUGAUGUGAUUGUGUGUGCUCACUUGUGGGUGGGUCGAUCAGUGAUGCAGGGCAACAUGUCCGUCAUGGUGGGGGAGAAAGCCAUCACAGCCGACCAUUGGGCGAGGUUAGUCUGUGUGUGCCUCUGACAGUGUCCGGAGAAAGAUAUGUGCUGCUUGCGGUGUGUGUGUGUGUGUGUGUGUGUAUGUAUCAGGCUGUUGGGCACUUAUGAGUUGGCCCAGAGGGACGCUGCGGCCAUGUCGGCAGAGGACCACGCCAUCGGGGAUGCAUACACACGAGGCGUGAACGCCGUCCUUGAUGACAUCCGCGGCAAGGGGUCCUUCGCCAGGCUGCCCCUGGAGCUGCUCAUCCUCGGCCACACGCCGCAGCCAUGGACCGUCGCAGACAGCGUCGGACUCGCAAGGUUCUACUCCUUCCAGCUCUCGCGAGGAUGGGCUUACGAGCUUUUUAUGCGGCGAUUUGAGAACGAAGUCAGAGAGCUGGCCCAGGAGCUGGUGCCAAGACAUGACGCACGAGUGCCUUUCGUCAACGAGUACGGAGCCCGUCCGGCGCUGUUCGACCAGAAUGGCCAGCCCAUGUCGCUGCCCGAAUACCCGCAGAUCGCAGAGUGGGCCACAUUGCCUUUCCACUCUCUUAUUGCGGACUUGGAGGCGGCUGCAGGGGGCAAGGCAGCACCAUCACCGCCGCCAGCAGCAGGCAAAGUGGAUACUGCUCAUCUGGACGGGAUGAACAUCGGUCUGGGGGAUGGCUCGAAUGGCUAUGCUGUCUCGGGCAAACACACGGCGAGCGGCAAGCCGAUGCUUUCGGGUGAUCCCCACCUGGCUGCAUUGCGGCCGGGAUUCUGGUACCCCAAUGCGGUCAAGAUGGGCUCUCAGUGGACAUUCGUGGGCGCGUCAGCCAUGGGCAUCCCCGGCUGGUUUGCCGGGACGAAUCGGCAUCUGGCUUUCACGCCCACAGUCAGCUACAUGGACAGCGAAGACGCCUUUGAGAUCUCCCUGGGCACCGGGCAGCACAACGGCAGCUACCUCUAUGCCGGCAAGUACCUACCCAUUCGCAGCAAGACGGUGGAGCUGAAUGUUAAGGGGCGGCAGGAGCCGCAGCAGCUGCAGCUGAGAUACACCCACCACGGCCCGCUCGUGAGCGACGCCUUGCCCGAACUGGUCAACAUCACGCAGCUCGACAGCGCCACACGUGCCAUCGCGUUGCGGUCGGGGUCUCUCCUCUCGCCCUUCUCAGUUUCAUGCAUGCGCGACCUCGCCACGGCCAAGACCUGGCGUGAGCUUGACAAGGCCAUGCAGGAGCUGAAGGUCACCCAACUGACCAUGGCCUUCGCCACGGUGGAUGGCGACAUUGGUGCCAUCACCAGCGGCGACCUCCCGAAGCGGUCGAGGCCGGCGAGCCUGCGGGACGGCAGUGACCCUCAAGACGAGUGGACGGGCGUGGUACCGCAUUCGCAGCUGCCUGGACAGGUGGUCAAUCCUGAGAAGGGCUAUGUCGUCAUUGCCAACCAUUUCACAGCCGCCAAUGCGACCGAUGUGUUGGGCUUCGGACAGCUGAACGGCUAUCGGGCAGCGGCCAUCGAGAGGCGCCUGAAGCCGCUGCUGGGCAAAGUGACAGUGGAUGAUCUCAGGGCCAUCUUCACCGAUGUGUGGACUCUCGGAGGGCACAGCUGGCGCAAAAUGGCGAACAACCUGCUGGCCGAAGGGCCUUCCCCCUGCUUCCCUUAUGUGCGUGAGGAUGUCUUGCCCAAGGCGCGGGAGCUCUUGGCCAAGUGGAACGAGGAGAUGAGCAGCCCGGCGGCCACCGUCUACACUGUGUGGAAGGCCGCGGCGACGUCCCGGCUGCUGGUGUCCUCUGGCAUGUCGGCCGAGUCAGUGGCCUUCUUUCGUGGCGCCUUUCCCAAUCGGCUGCUCAUCCAGGCCAACGAGCUCUUCACACACGACAAACACACCCUGCUGCGGCUCCUCGAUGGCGAAUCGGCCUCCGGCUUGGUCAGCAAGGCCGGAGGCCGGGAGAGCGUUCUGUGCGGGGCCCUCAACGAGUCGUGGGCUUUCCUGGAGAGCCAGUACGGCAACGAUGUGGCCGCGUGGGCGUGGGAGAACGUGCAUGCCUUUCCGAGCACUCAUGCCUUCUACCCCCUGCCACUGCUGCGGUGAGUGACAUGACAACACACACAGGGAGGUCGUACCGCUCUCUCUCUCUCUCUGUGUGUGUGUAUGUCUGUGUGUCACUCAGGCACAUAUUCUCUGGGCCUCCCCAGCCUGGAUAUGGUGACGAGGACACAGCGGCACCGGCAAAGGCUUCCAUCAAAUGUCCGUCCGUCGUACACUCACUCACCGACGCACCAAACCGACACACACAGCCAUGUGCCUGCACGUGUGCGAUGCAGAUGAGGAAUCGUCUUUGAAGGACGAGUUCGGUCGGCCAGUUGACAGAGCGAGUCGGUUCGUGGGCGGCGUCUUCACGCCCUCUUUGCGCAUGGCCAUCGACUUGGGCAACAUCAGCAGCUCUCGGUGGGCGCUGCCCGCCAGUGUAUCGGGCUGGAUUGGCAACAGCUUUCAGGACAUCGGUGAGGCUUUCCAACAGGGGCAGCUGGUCCAGAUGCCGUUCGAGCCGUCCUCUUUUGAGCCGGCCGAGACCUUCACACUUGGCUCGUGAGAGUGAGUGUCACACACAGUGGCGGUUUUAUGCGUAGGCUGUUGGUCGUGUGUGUGUGGGUCUGAAUGAGUGUGUCACCUACCUCAAGGUGGGCCGUUUCCAUCAGGAUAUCAAUCAUGUAUGGGAGACCCCCACACACAUGACAUGUAGGUGAUGUGAGACGUGUGUGUGUCUUUUUCAUGGUGUGUGUGAGCGAUACGUACGUAUUAGGUGACUUACUGGAAUAUGUUCGCAUUGGCGUGUAUGUGUAUUUAUGUCCCUUUAUUCACGGUGUAAAGCCAUG